GGCUAUCCUCUGGAGCAACACAUGGUGGUGACAGGCGAUGGCUACAAGCUGGGCACCUUCCGUAUUCCGUACGGCAGGUCGGGCCCCAGCGCUGCGAGGCGCCCGCCCGUCCUGUUGAUCCAUGGUAUAUCGCUCGCCAGCACAUGUUGGGUCGUCAACGGUCCGGAGGAGAGCCUCGCCUUCCUCCUCGCUGACAGAGGUUACGAUGUCUGGAUGAUGAACACCCGCGGCAAUACCUUUUCACGACAACAUGUACGCUAUCGCGAUGGGCAGCAGGCCUUUUGGCGCUUCUCAGUGGACGAGAUGGCUAAAUGGGAUUUGCGCGAGAACAUCAAGUAUAUCCAAGACGUGACAAAGAUUGCCAAGGCAGGUGCAGCUGCUGUGGGCCUUGUGGGUCACAGUCAGGGCGGCACCAUUGCGCUGAUGGCGCUCAGCGACGAUCCCUGGCUGGCCGACAGCGUAUCGGUGCUGGUGGCGUUGGGGCCGUGCGCCUACGUCCAAUACAUGACUUCG